AUGAAGGUCUCAGCCCUGCUUUCUCUCGUCCCUCUGGUCGCCGCCAUGCCCGGCCGCCGCCAGGAAUCCGCUUCCACCGGCUCCUUCGGUGUCACCGCUGCUCGCUCCGGCUCGCCCAUCCACUUCCUGCCUCUGACCGCUGCCGGUUCGCACUUCUAUCUCGGUGGCAAGAGCCAGACCUAUAUUCCCGAGGGUGUCCCUCUCAAGGGGUCGACUAACGACACUAUCCUGACCGGCUCCCACUACCUUGAUGUCGUUGUUCCCGGCGGCCAGGAGAUCUACGUCGAUGCUUCCGGUGCUCUGUCCUUCACCACCCCCCACUCGGGCUACAUUCCAGAGGGCUCCUCCGAGGGUCCCUUCAAGUACACCCCCGGCAAGAACGGCGGUCUCGGUACCUGGAGCUACGGCUCCGGCUUCAUUGCUUGCCCUACUGCUUCCAAUGCUACUGCCACCCCUUACAGCCGCCGCCGUGUUGUUGCUGCCACCCCCAAGUGGCAGGUCUUCUCUGCUCAGAAGAACGCCACCGUCCCCACUGGCAACAUCAACGACUGCCUCGGCUUCGACGCUCUGGCUGUCCCCGUUGACACCACCACCACCCAGCCUACUUGGGAGUACAUCUAA